CUUCCAUCAUAUUCUUUUUCUUGAGCAUCUCAUAUAUUUUCCUUUCUUUCAAAGGGGGUUUCGUGCACUUGAAUAUCUUGGGUUUUAUUUAUUUAUUUAUUUAUAUCGAAAUCUAGGGUUUGCUUGCUUUUUUUUUUUAUCGAAAUUUAGGGUUUCCUUGCUUACUUAUUGCAGUUGUGAUUAAUCAAACAAGAAAAUAAUUAAUCAUGAAGAACAAGGCUUCUGUUUUCUUGAAACAUAUAAUCACCUUGCUGAGUUCCAUAGCCAAGGCCAAGUCCUUGGCUAUCAAGAGCAAAACUAGCGCUGCGAAAGCUCGCCUGAUAAUGUUCUCAUUGGUGAAGAACAAGAAGGUUUUGAUGGACACCGUGUCACACAAGAUCCACAGUCUCCUAGGCCACGAUCACCGCGAUCAAGAGGAGGAGGAGGGAGACCAAAGCAAGGCGCUUGUUCUCUACAAUGCCAUUGCCAAUGAGUACUCACAUGCAGUUGGUACUUCGAUCUGCAUGCUUAGGUACAAUGGCCAAGAUGAGGAGGAGGAGGAGGACGACGACGACGAUGAUAACUACCCUGAUCUCAGGCACUCAUUGUUCGAUGAAAAUGAGAACUUUGAUGAUGUCAAGGAUGGCGGGUCUGUGAUCGAUCUGGUGAAGAAUUCCAAGGUGGAAGGAGAGGAUUUCAAGCUGGAAGACGAGAUAGAUCACGUUGCGGAUUUGUUCAUUAAUAGGUUCCAUAAACAAAUGCGCUUGCAAAAGCUUCUCUCCUUCAAAAGGUAUCAAGAAAUGAUCAAUAGAAGCGUCUGAAUAUUCUGACAGAUCAACACAAAUAAAAAUUAUUAUGCUGUUUACAUUAAUUAAACAAGAGUUGUUAUUAGCAUUCCAAUAUAAUCAUAUCUUACACUUUUCUCGUAAAAAAAAAAGAAAAGAAAAAAAAGAUAAGACUGUAAGAUGAUUAUUUUAAAGUGUUUAUAAUAGUUAUCUAAUUAAUUAUGUGUAGAGAUGGAUCGAUCGAACCCCUAUUACUGGUCAUCAAAUAGGUUAAACGUAUUUGAUAUGGCUACCUUAUGCAUCUAUUAGAGCAAGUUUACCCCUAAAAAAAUGC